UCAGCUUUCAAAAGACAAAUUAAAAGCAACUGCGCAUGCUCCAAUCAAUGUAUAUACUUUCUUAGUCUAGGUAACAUGAUUGACCUCGAAUCAUGAAGUCAAGAAUAAAACCCCCAUCGUGUGACAUAAAGACGUAAUGCUACUAAUUUAAUAAUGUAAGCAAAGAAGUAUUAUUGUACAAACAUCUGACUCAAAAGGGUGGUAAUCGAUGAUUGCGCGCGCAUACCUUACGUACUUUCUACCACAAAACUUUACAAUACCCAACUAGGUGUACAUAUUUUCAUUCCAUUGCUGGUAUCAGACUACGGUUUUGCGAAACAGUAAUGCAAAGAAGACAUGGACAGGUCACGGGGGGAUAUGAACGAGAAAAUUCUAAUAUGGAAUAUGGGAUGCAAUGGAACUAUUUGUAAAAUAGAACAAGAGGUAGCAGUGCAUUGAAUGCACUCGUGUAUCUUAAUAAUAUCGAAUCAAAUACAGACGUGGUAAACGUUGAACUCAAUUUUGAUAAGACAAAAGCAUUGAAUAAUGAAGAAAUAAUAAGAAUAUUGAAGCUGCUUGAAAUUAAAAGCGUUAAAUUUAGGAAAAAGCACAAUAAUAGAUCGCAAAUCUGUAGAGGGGAAAUAAAACAGAGGGUUAAUUAGGUCCAGUGACCUGGGCUAGGGCGCAGAACUGUGCCUGUAAUGGAGAAAGGUGAACGUUUUUCAGAGUACCUGUUUGUGAAGAUGGGCCCAGGAGACAGGGGCCCUAAGACUACGGAAGACCGGUCGGCCCGUAUGGACCAUACUGGCGUGAAAAAAUGGUUUAUAGAUAACACUUUACUUGUUAUCACUUUGGCUGGAGUGCUUGCGGGGAUUGCAGUUGGAUUCGGUCUUCGCCCUUACGGUCUCGGCUCGGAUGCACUUAUGGUGAUAUCUUACCCGGGAGAAUUAUUCAUGAGAUUAUUAAAGCUUAUGAUUUUGCCUUUAAUAAUUGCCAGUCUUAUAGCGGGCUCCGCGAGCCUUAAUGCGAAGAUGAGUGGCAAGAUUGCAGUCAGAACGCUGUUGUACUUCAUCCUCACUUCCAUGUUUAAUGCAUUCCUCGGGCUCCUAUUGGCUGUGAUGAUACAUCCUGGAAAACCGGAACUGAGGGACGAUUCCACUGCUAUCGUGGAAAAUAAAAGGGACCAUAAAAUUUUAGACAGUCUUCUAGAUAUCGGACGAAACAUCUUCCCUGAUAACAUAGUGCAAGCGGCUUUCCAACAGGCUCACACGGUUUACACAGAACCGAAAACUCUAUUCUCAAAUGCAAACAUAACUAACGACAGUGUUCCAGUUGUUUUGGUACGAGAAAUACAUUACCGAUCUGGCACCAACACUUUAGGUCUAGUUUUCUUUUGCCUAGUUUUCGGCAGUUUAUUGGGAACACUUGGACCGAAGGGGAAAGUGGUUAUUGAUUUCUUUCAAGCUAUUUUCGAAGUCAUAAUGAAAAUGGUCACAGGCGUGAUGUGGUUCACUCCGGUCGGAGUCAGCAGUGUGAUAGCGGGGAAGAUUUUAGGAGUAAGCAAUGUUGGUCAAGUUAUGUCUCAACUAGCAUGGUUUAUAGCCACGGUGACGGUCGGAGUAUUUCUGUACCAGCUGAUAGUUAUGCAGUUAAUCUACUUCUUAUUUCUAAGGCGGAACCCGUACAAGUUCUAUUGGGGCCUAUCUCAGGCCAUGCUCACUGCGUCGGCAACGGCUUCUACGGCCGCAGCUUUGCCUGUAACUUUCAGAGCCAUGGAAGGUCCUCUAAGAAUAGAUCCACGCAUCACCCGGUUCGUCCUUCCCAUCGGCUGCAACAUUAACAUGGAUGGAACUGCUCUGUUUUUAUCAGUAGCGAGUGUAUUCGUCUGCCAGAUGAACAGCAUGCAUUUAGGAUUUGCUCAACUGGCUACUAUAUUUUUAACGUCAACAGCGGCAUCUGUGUCAUCUGCCUCUGUACCGUCUGCUGCUAUGGUGUUGCUGCUCGUCGUUUUAGCAGCAGUUGAUGCCCCUACACAUGACGUAUCAUUACUGUUUGCGGUAGAUUGGCUUGUCGACCGCAUACGCACAACAAACAACAUGCUAGGUGACUGUUAUGCAGCAGCGGUUGUUGAGCGUAUGUCGAAGAACGAGCUAAUGGCGUGCGACGCUGCGUCGAUGGAACCAUCUACCCUUCCAAAUGGUCUGCCAACCUCAAACACUGAAGUUGAAAUUGGAAUCGUGACUCCCGGCAAAAAAUCUAUUAUAUCUGAUGACGCCAUUAUUGAUAUGCAUUUACACAACGAAACUAAUAGGAUAUAGUCUAACACCAAUAAACCUUUUUAGUGUAAUCUUUGAUAUUGUAUCAAUUUAUAGACUGUGCCAAUCACAUAAUAUGAAUAUCAAUGUAGACUGCAACUUUACUAUAAUAAAAUAGGCCUGAUUGUUUUGAAGUAUUUAUAAAGUACCAAUACUUUUCAUUGUAAAAUUCUUAAGCGAGGGCCGACCCGCAGCGUCCAUAGAGGCGUCUUUAGAGGCGUUUAAUUUUGCGUCAAGCGUGCGACUUAUAAGACUCUUAUACUUUUAGUCAGAUAUUAUACAUAAUAAUAAUAAUAAAAAUAUUUUAGGCUCAUAUUUUUUGUUAUUAAAAAUCCAUUAUUUCUAUAUAACUAGUGGAGUGCCGUAAUGCAUAAAAAUUGUAAAAUCUCGGAGUCUAGGGCAAGUCAAUGAAUCUUCAUAAAAAAAUGUUCGAUUGCAUUGUUAAACGCUCAAAUAAAA